AAAAGCGGUUGAGCUUGAGCAUGCUGACCAAACUUUUAAAAUGUCGAUACUGCUUGCCGUUUUAGAUUAUCUUUCCUUUUCUGCUUUUUGAGCUUCAAAUACAAGCUAUUCCUCAUCCGUUCUUUUUAAAGCCCUAAUUUCUCUUUAAUCUCAAUUCACCAGAUCGGUUUUGCUGCUUUCUCAGGAAUUAUGUCUUUUGUGCAGAAUUUUCAAGCAGAAGAUAGUAGUUUAUGUAGUGGUUAUUGGUCCACCUAUGAUGGAAACAACUUUGGCAACACCAAUAGAAAAAGAAGCAGGAACAAUUAUUAUGACAAGAAUUAUAACAUUUAUGAUGACAACCUUAAUUUUUACAAGGUGGAUCAUGCUAAUUAUGUUAAGUGUGAUGUUGUCCCCUUAUCUUUGAAAAGGAGAAAAUAUUCAGUUCCUGCUUGGGAAGAAAGCCAGAAAUACUAUCUUCCUUCCACAGUCCAUAACAAUAUACCCUCAUCCUGUAUUUUUCAAGCUCCCCCUACAAUAUCCAAUGCUGAUACCUCUACAUCAGCUAGUAGCAAGGGUGAUUGCUCUAUAUUCGAAGAUGAUAAGCCAGUCUUUUUGUCAAGGGAUGAGAUUGAUAGAUACUCUCCAUCAAGAAAAGAUGGUAUUGAUGUACGUCAUGAGACAUACUUGCGGUACUCCUAUUGUGCCUUCCUUCAGAAUCUUGGAAUGCGGCUUGAGCUGCCUCAAACCACCAUUGGGACAGCCAUGGUUCUGUGCCAUCGUUUUUUUGUUCGACGAUCACAUGCUUGCCAUGACAGAUUUUUGAUUGCUACUGCUGCUCUUUUUCUUGCUGCAAAGUCAGAGGAAUCUCCACGCCCUUUGAAUGAAGUGUUGAGAGCAUCCUAUGAAAUCUUACAUAAACAGGACUUUGCUCUUUUGUCCUACCAGUUUCCUCUUGAUUGGUUUCAACAGUAUCGUGAGCGGGUGCUUGAGGCUGAACAGUUGAUACUUACUACUCUAAAUUUUGAACUCAAUGUGCAACAUCCAUAUGCACCUCUUACUUCUGUUCUUAACAAAUUAGGUCUAUCAAAGACUGUUUUGGUGAAUCUGGCAUUAAACUUGGUCAGUGAAGGGAUAUUCACAAGAUUAGCGUGCUGGCCUGUAUGAUAUUCUUAGCUGGCGGAUUGAUAUGCUGUUCAUGGAAAGUUUUGUUUUCCAUCUGAAGUGAACUACUGAUGUGUAAUGGAUUGUUUUACCUUUAAUAUGUCCUAUCAACUCUUCUUUGGGCUAUCCAAGAUAGCUACAAGAGUCCCAAGCCCCUAACCCAGAGUUUCUGUCUAACCCUCAAUGCCUUGUAGUUUAAGCUGAUUACCAUUAGCCAAAUGUGCUCUCUUUAAUAUUUAGUAAACGUGGGUGGAAAAAAGAUCAUAGAAGUGAUUUGACAAUAAAAAACCUACAGGAAGGAAAAAAAGAAGCAAGAGUCUGAAGUUCAAAUAUAGACCGAAUUUUUUAUUGUCAGGAACAGAUUUUGGUUAGCCAUUACCCAUUAAUCAAAAUUGGGCUUUCCAACUACCGUCAAUUUAUUAUGUAGAGGAAAACAGAGGUCUUUUCUGCUGCUGGUUUGUUUUCACUUGACAGAGUCCUUCUGCUGGUGCUGUGUUUUUGUUUAUUCUCUUUUCCUUUAAUGAAAGAAAACCUUUCCACUUGGUCUAUAAAUUGAUUUGGAGGAAAACUGUUCUCGUGCAUCAGCUGCUAAUAAAAUUAUCUUUUUGUGGUCACUAUUAUUGCCAGCCAACUUUCGGGUUUGUGCGAGUUGUCUUAAUUUCUCCCUGAUUUCCAGCCACUUUGAAUUUUUUGGAAACUCAAAUGGAUAAGUUUAGAUUUGUUUAAUUCUUUUUCCGAGGUGUUUUAAUUUGGGCUUAAUAUUGAUCCACUUAUAACGUAUAAGCCUUUUUACACUUUCAUCCGGUCAUUUGUUGACAUAUGAGGAAGAGAUUUUGACCAUGACAACUACCUUCUUAAUGAUGUGUCAAAAAUGAUUGCAUGACAAUUUUCAAAAUUUUAUACUGACAAUGUAUCAAAGUUAAACUCUUUAAAUUUUUACAUUAGGUGUUGAGCAUCUUGGGCCUUCAUUAUUAUUCUAAUUUUAGCCUUACCAUUUUUUUAACAAAAGUUUAAUUAUCUUGGUCCUGUUAAUCUCUUAGAUUUUCCGCCCUUUUAAAUGGUUACUUGUUUCAUUGUUCAUUGACAUUAAGUCUAGUUAUUAAAUUUGUAAUUUAAGAUUUGACUGGCUCAUUGGGAACAGGAAAUAACUCAAAAUUGUAAGAACUUUACUUCCUUUUAGCAAUUGAUUUUUCAGUUUUAACAUUACUAGGGAUCCACUCUUGAUAGUCAGGCAUUGUAGUCAAUGAUUUUGUAAGGUCUUCCUCUGUGUGAACCUAGCUUGCAGCCAAAAUUAUUUAUGAUGUUGAAAACAUGAAAUGGGAAGCAAUUAGUUUGCAUUUAUAUGUUCUAAUUUUGAAAUAGAUGUCCUAAAGCUUAGAUGCUUGACUAUAUCAAUCAAUGAUUUUAGUAGUAAUUCCAUGUGAUUUUGGGAUGAUACCUUCUCCUGUAUGUUUGUAGUCAUUCCUCUCUUAGUUAUAGAAGCUCUUCAAUAUGUUUAUUGAAUAUAUUUCUGUUUAUGUACCCCCAAACAAAAUGUGGUUGUAUCCAAUUGAUUAUUUCUUUGCUCUGGUGCAACUAGUGCAUGCACUAAUUUUUUCAGAAAAUGCACAUUGUAGCAAACAUUUUCUUUUUCAGCAAAUGUUUUUUCCUUUUUGGGGUUUAAUGCUUUUGUGUCUAGAAACGUUGUAGCCAGUUUAUCUUAUUUAAAUUUUGUACUUUCCUAUAUCAUUCCCAGUAUAUGAUGCAUGCCUUGUAGAUUCAAGCAUUAUUCUGAAGCUGGCGCAUAUUUUGCUUUCAUUCUUCACAUCAUUUGGCAUCGAGUGUUUUUUUCUUUAAACGCCAGUGUUAGUUCUUUGAAAUGCCACUGGUUGGAGUGGUUGAUCUUUAUUAUAAUUUGAAUGGCCCAGCCUCUUCAUGAAAUAUCAAUUCUAAUUGUAGAACAGUGUCACGCGUUUGUAUGGAGAGCCUGCUAAAUUUGAAUAUGUUAUGUAUAAAAGAAAGGUUGCUUCCUUUGGAGUUAAAUUGCUCAAAUGUUCACAUGUUGGAUGGGCUGUGGACAGAGGUCCUCUUUUCCCUUCUAUUCUUCUUUUGGCUUAAAGAUGACAUAGACCUCCAUUGCUCAAAAAAGUUUUGCACAAGUGCUAUGGUGUUUUGUGAGCAGCCCUUCUUGUUUUUAUCCUUCUCUUCUCUGAUUGUAUUUUAAAACAAUAAUGUUGACCCUGAAUGCUUCGGAAAGUUCUUCACAACUACUGUGAAAAUGAUAAUGUACUCCAUCUUUUUCCUGUGCUCAACAUUGAAGGGUAAUGAGAAAAAGAGGAACUUUUUGUUUCCAGUUCCUGUUUUUAUCUCUGAUCCACAUCAAAAAAUGGUGCAAUUGGUAUCUUAGGUGGCUGUAACAUAGUGGUUCUGUGCAGUCUAAUUUUCUUGUCAUAAUCUGACAUUGUUCCACUUAUAGGGUUAUUAUGUGCAAAUUUGGUUUUGAUAACAAUAGUGCUAGACUGGUUGAGGUUAGCUUGCUUGUACCACUCAUGCUUUUAGAUCCGGAGGUUUGCUUGUGGUGGUGGGUAGCAGCACCCAACCACUAUUUCCACUACGUGACACCGUCGUUUGCAAUAUCGGGCAUAAUGUUCCAUCACCCUGAAUACCAUUCCUCUUACUUUCUCAGGUCACAAUAAGGACCUCCCUACUCUUGAACCAAAUGAAAGUGCUAGAACAGGGUAUAUUUUUCUACCACAGACUAAAAUCAAACUUUAUAGAUUUGCCCUCGUGUCUUGUAUGUAUGCUAACCUUGUAGUAAAAAUUCAAUAAGUUUGUACUAAAAUCAUCAACAAGCUUUCUGCUUCAUUUUUUUCUUUUAGAGCAAGGGUAAUUCAAAAUUUCUUUUCUUUUCUCCCAUUUUUUUAUGUUUCGUAUUUUUAAUGAUUUUUAAAUUUCAAUUUGCACGGGCAACAUGGACAUUGAUUGGAUUUUGAGAAUUAUUUUGUAGUGUGGAAUAAGUUGCAUUCAUUGUAAGCAUUCCAAUGUGCAAGGUAGAAAGGCUCUCCAGGUCAAAAUAUUGAGAAGAUGUGGCAGUGGCAUUUGCUUUGAAUGAUUCAAUUGUUUGCUAUGUGCAGCUCUCCAUUCAUGCUUUCAUGUUUUAAUUGCAUAAAUUUUCGGAGUUUAGAGCCCCCACAGAAGAGUUGGGUCUGGAAGUCUGAUAUAUUCUCUAAAUGAGUAUAAGAUAAUGCUAUAGUUU